AUGGAAUCACAACUAGGAAACAAUCUUUGCGAAAUUUUAAACUCUUAUCUUCUUUACAAAGCAAGUGAACGAUAUUAUCUUUUUGAAAUGAGCAAAGAAUUCCAAUUAACUCAAGUAAACAAAACAGUUAAAGUAAAAGAACCUGUAUUAAUAAAAGACGCAAUCAAAAUCUCUUCUUCUGAAGCUUGUUUGAGACCAAAAUCCAAGCAUUAUUUGCCUACUGAAAUCAAUUUUAUGGCAAUUGACAAAGACGAGCUCACGUAUCUUCCCUUUGACGAGCAUGUAAACAAAGUCUACAUCCCGCCUGGACUAGAUGGUCAUUACAAAUCGACCCCCUUCAACGCUUGUGACCGAGAAGACAAAAUCAUUGAAAACGACCAAUUUCUCGAAUUUCUAACUCUUUCGCUCUACAAAGACUACCAUAGCUCUUCAAAUUGACUGAAACUAACUACAGAAUUAGCAGGCUUACUUAAUAAAGAUCGCAGAGAUAUGGUUACAAAAAUGAGCAAGAUUAUAGCAAAGCAUUCUAAAACUAAUAUUAGAUGCCUGAAACCUUCCAGCUAUAAAGAAAAUUUUUGUAGGAUCUGCAAAACAUACUCAUGUCUUGCUCAUUUUUCUGAUAGAGCAAUCACUUAUGAGCAAGAUCAGUCUAAACAUAAACAUAUAAAGGAUGAGCACGACUACAAAGAAAAAUUAUUCAAGCAGCUCGACCCAGAAAAUUGAAAAUUAAAAUGAUGAAUCAGAGAAAAAUCGCUAAAAAAGAGCGGAAAAUGGCUAAUGAGUUAUAAAUGUCCAAAUCUCAGAAGGUGUGGAAAAGAAAGGGCUAAGGAGUUUGAAGCUACUAAAAUUGAUAAAUUCAUUAUCAAAAAAUUUCUCAGUCAUGGAUGUGAUAAUCCUUGUGCUUUAGCGUUUUUUUUAGAAAGAACAUGCCAAGAAGCAAAAUUCUUAAUCAAUAAUUAUCAAAAUUAUUUUGAGGAAAUUCCUGAAAUACCAAAGCUUCCUAAAAAAACCUACUUCACAGAUAAGGAAGAAUACAAUUAUCUCAUGAUAAAUGUUGUUGGCUUACAUUGUGACUGUGAAAAUGGGUGCACAGUAGAAAACCAAUGCCCUUGCUUAAUUGGCGAAAUUAAUGAAAAUGAUCAAGUAAUUAAUAGAAAAUGCUGCGAAAAAUUCUGUUCCUGCGCAACUUCUUGUGCAUAUCGUUUUUUAGGCUGCAACUGUCAGAAUGGAAAAUGCAACACAAAAUCAUGCGUUUGCUUUGCAAAUUUUAGGGAAUGCGACCCAGAUCUAUGCAGAAGUUGCUGCUCAGCUCAAAUGCAUUAAAUGGCGACACACAUCAACCUGCCAUCUCUAGACCUAUGGCGACAGCAAACUGGGACGGACACUAGCCAGGAAUCAAGUGGUGGCUAAAGAGAUGUGUAGAUUCUGGCUGCGCUUCUGUGGUUACAUAAGAGGUUUCCCAACAAUAUCCUUUGGAUCUGAGGACCCAUGGGCAUUCCUCUACAGAGAAACUGGGGGUUUCGCCCCAGGCCACAGGGGAGCAGUAUUUUUCCUUAGCCCUCGAAGGAAGGCACUUCGACACCCAACAGACUCCAAGGAGUUGAUCAUUGGAAUCAAGAUAUUCCAAUCGCCCGUAGCAGGGCCGCAGAAAUCCAUAAGCACUCAAGAAUGAAGCCGCAAGAAAAGGAGGAGACAGAAGAUACCAGAGUGGCAUCCAUCUUCGGGGGAAAGACCUUCUGGCUAACGUCUGUCUUUAAUAGCCUAGCUAGCGUGCUGCUCAGCUCAAUCUAUAAAGGACAGAACUUUUAUUUCCCUUCAAGCAAAAAAUAAAAGUGCAGUUUUAUGUAGCAAUGUAAAAGUUCAGUUAAAAUUCCAAAAAAGAACUGCAUUAGCUCCUUCAGCUUUGGAAGGCGCUGGAACCGGCCUAAUUGUGCUUGAAAACGUAAAUGCCGAUGAAUUUAUAAUUGAAUAUACAGGAGAAUUAAUUUUUAAAUUUGUUUUUUAAGUUUUAAAGAAAUUCUCUAGCAUUUGAAUGCCUAUAAAGUCCCCUUGCUUGAGGUUCAGCUAAAUUAACAGCUCUGAACAGCGGGAGGUGAAUCGGCCUAACCGUCGAACCGUUAAAAUUAAUAAGCCGUUAAGACUUCUCUAGUCAGUGCCGGACACAGCAGUGGCCCUUCUCUUCAAAGCCGAAGCUCUCAAGAAGAUUGACUUCUCUCACUGAGUUCGGAAUAUAGGCCCAUCCUGUUUGAGCAGGAGCUAGGCCUAUCCCUAACUGGCAUUUUUAAUAUUAUGGAGAAUUAAUUACAGAAGCCGAAACUAAUAGAAGAGCUGCAGUUUAUGACUACAAGCAACAUAGCUAUAUUUUUAGUAUGUCGCCUGAUCCAGCGUGAUCUAUUGAUGCAACUUUUCUUGGGAACAAAAUGAGAUUUGUUAACCAUAAAAGCCAUGACGAAGAUAACUGUUAUACAAGAGUCUGGAGAAUUAAUGGAAAUUCAAGGAUUUUGCUGUUUGCUCGAGAAAAAAUAAGUGCAGGAUCAGAGCUGUUCUUUAAUUAUGGAUACGAUACAAGCACAAUAAAAUAUGGAUGGUACCAGCAAUAUGAAGGAAAAUUUAAAAAGAAAAAAAUUAAAAAUUAA